UAAAUCGAACUUGGGGCACUCGGACUUGAUAAAAGACUGUUCAUUGUGCAAACUGUUGCUUCUGUCCUCGGAAGCUCUACCGCAGCCCUACAUCACCCCCGGACAGCAGAGGCCUGAGAGGAAAAGUAGAGCUGAAGGGCAUGACGCUUUUACCCAUGAUCAUCCUGGAGUCUGUGACCACAUGCCUGGAUAUUAAACCCUUCUUUGUUGUGACACAUCUAUCUAUUGCUGCUAUUGGAUGAAGGACCAAGACCCAAUGUCUGCAACAUGAGCAGAUACUACAGGUCUGUUCAAGAUCAUUAAGUCGUAACUGGAUCACAGUUUUCUCACUCUUGAUCCAUGAUACAGCCUUUCGCUGUGGUUAGAGACUGUAAACAGGAUGAUGGCACCCCCCUACAGACUGCACUGCCUCUUGAAGCGGGCUCAGAUGCUGCUGCUCUGCCUAGGCAUCGCCUAUUUGAUGGCAGGCAGCAUCCUGCUCCUGCAGCGCUCCAACAUCAAAGUCGCCCAGCCAAACUUUGUUAGCCAGCCGCCCCUGCUGUCCCUCGCAGCGCCUCCUACCGUCAUCAGGACUGCACGCCUGGGUGUGAGGGCACGUUCCAGAUGGGCCACCAUUCAGCCUGUGUCCGGAGGGGGAGUCAAGGCAAGGCAACACUGGCCCGCUUCCCAAAGCCUCGGGGUCCAACACUUGCAUCGGCGCUGGUUUCACAGUUUGUUGCCAGAGAGCACUGAGCAGAGAGUCUCUCCCCACAGGAGCAGCAGGCAUAAAGGAACCUACAUGGGUUGCUUUCUGCACAAUGCCAGUGAUCGAGCCCUUGGAGGGACCAUGCUUUAUGACCUGCGCAAAAUGACCAGUUCUCUGUGUCAAGACACCUGCUCAGAAAGUGGGUACCAGUUUGCAGGUCUGGAGUAUGGAGCUGAAUGCCAUUGUGGGAACCGCAUCAGUAGCCCAAGGGCUCAAGAGGAGGAUUGUAGUCUGGUGUGUCGGGGUGAGAGGGGGUCUCCCUGUGGAGGUGUGGGUCGGCUCUCCAUUUACAAGGUGGAGGAGGAGCUGCCAGGUCAAAGAAAAUUCAAAAAUGUUCACUAUCGGGGUUGCUUCAAGUUCCCAAAAAACACCAUCAGCACCUUCCCCAACUACUCCUUACAGCCCAACCUAACCACACAGUCCUGCAUCGAGACCUGUACAGAUAAGGAGCUUCCGCUGGCUGUGUUCAAGAAGCCCCACUGUUACUGUACAUGGACAUCCUCUCUUUUCACCGUCAACCAGCAGUCUAACAACAAGCAGUGCACAGGGAACACUGGGCUGAAUCACACCAGCAACACCACACCCACAGCAUCCACUGAGCAUGACCACUACCAGGUGUAUUACACACCAGUGCUUGACUCCAGGUGUAAAGAGAGGAUGUUUCUGCCUCAGAGAUCCAGCUCCCUGGUGGCUCUUUCUAGUUUUCCUGGUGCAGGCAACACCUGGGUACGACACCUGAUUGAGCUUGUGACUGGCUACUACACUGGCAGCUUCUAUUUUGAUGGCAUGCUGUACAACAGAGGAUUCAAAGGAGAGAAGGACUACUGGAAGAGUGGCCGCAGCAUCUGUGUAAAGACCCACGAGAGUGGCCAGAAAGAGAUUGAGGUGUUCGAUUCUGCCAUCCUACUGAUUCGAAACCCUUACCGCUCCCUCAUGGCUGAAUUCAAUCGCAAGUGUGCCGGACAUCUAGGACAUGCCACAGAUGCACAGUGGAAAAGCAAAGAGUGGCCAGAAUUUGUCUCCAGCUACGCUCCCUGGUGGGCAUCCCAUGCUCUGAGCUGGCUGAAGUUUGGACACCGCCUGCUGGUGGUGCACUAUGAGGAGAUACAGAGGGCUCUUCUCCCUCAGCUCCGACUUAUCACUGUCUUUCUAAAUGUCACUUUGACUGAGGAAAGGCUACUUUGUGCCCAGAGUAACCAGGAUGGGCAUUUCAAACGCUCAGGAGCCCAGAGGCCCUUCUUUGACCCAUUCACUCCUGACAUGAGACAGAUGAUCGACCCCUUCAUCCAUACUGUUGACCGGGCACUGCAAAGCAGGAACUUUAGCAGAAUUCCACAGGAAUACCUCCCCAGAUGAUGAUCUAAAAUGCUCAUUCACUUAGUACUAUAAAUGACUGGUCCAGCAGGGGUCCAAAGAGAGCAGUUCUGCUCUGUGGGGAACAGAGACACUUGCUGAUGUAAGUGGACCUAUUGACUCAUUUUUAAGCUAGAUGGACUAUAAAUGCCACCACUGAAUGAAACAGUGAUGAAAGCCUUGCUGAGAGCCACAAAUAUGAAGACGACUCAGACAGGAUUUGAAAUAUUUUGGUGGCCUGCAGUGUUAGGAUUAUCUAGCAAAGUGCCUGACUACACACAUAUAAGAGGAUAAUUGCGGGAUGGACUCAUUUUGAUUGAACAGCGCUUUCUGUGGCUCUUUAUGAUUCUUUAAUUCAGUACACAUUGUGUUUUCUAGCAUACACACAAGUCAUACUAACACAGAUAAAGGAAAAGGCAUUAGCAUUGCCCAGAUAAUAAAGUAUUUCUGUGGUAAUCCACUGGUUUCCACAGGUCUGCAGUUGUAGUGGAUAAAAGCCCCAAAGCUAGUUCAUGUGUCUGUCAGGACUCUCAAUGCAACUAGUUUUGACUUAACAUGAACUCAGAAGUAUGCUGAUCACAAUAUAACUGCUUUAAACCGUAAAAUGAAAUUCAA